GAGGCAAGCACAACCCACAGACAGCAACUGUAGCUACUCUCCAGAACAAGACGACCUCUAAGCUCCAAUCUUUCACAGAAAUGAUGCGCUGAUAUUGCAGAAGAGAUUACGGCAACAAUGGAAUACCAGAUAUUGAAUACAUCUACCGGUCUGCUGGUCCUUCUGUUUUUCAUACCCACUGGUUCGGGUAUCUGUCCUUCUAACUGUACAUGCUCAGGAAACGACAGGAAUGUGGACUGUUCAGGCAGAAACUUCACCAUACUGCCACACGGACUUCAAGACAACAUUACAUAUUUAAAUCUGUCCUUUAACCAGUUCAUAGAUCUUGAUCAUCAGCUAACCAGAUUCACCAAUUUGAGGACCCUUGAUAUUUCAAAUAAUUGGCUCAAGAAUGUUCCUGCUCAUCUGCCCAAGUCCUUAUGGGAAUUAUAUGCCACAAAUAACAACAUUAAAGUUCUUCAGAAACUCGACACAGCUUACCAGUGGAACCUUAAAGUGCUCGAUGUUUCCAGGAAUAUGGUGGAAAGAGCUGUUCUGAUCAACAACACACUGAGCAGCCUCAAGUUUCUCAAUCUCAGCAGCAACAAACUUUGGACAGUUCCAACCAACAUGCCCUACAACAUCGAGACAGUGGAUCUAUCCAAUAACUUCUUGUCCCAGAUACUUCCAGGAACACUGCUGAGACUACAACACCUUACAAGCCUCUACCUGCACAACAACAAGUUCACGUACAUUCCUGACAAAGCUUUCGACCAGCUCUUUCAGCUGCAAGUCGUAACACUGUAUAACAACCCAUGGUCCUGCAGCGACCAACAAAAUAUCCCUUAUUUGCUUAAAUGGGUGCAGGGAACAGCUGCCAGGGUUAUUGGGGCUCCCUGUGCUAACCAGUCCGUGCUUUGGCUGAAUGCCACACCAUCCUCAGCGGCUCCCAUGGACCCCAGCCUCAUGAUCAAAGGAAUGAAGGCAGCAGAGAAGGCUACUCCUCCAGGGGCAACCGAACCAACCAAAGUGACAAAAAUGCAUAAACAGUUGAAAGCUAAGGAAGUUACUAGCUUGGCGACCUUAAGCCAAACUGUCCUGCUUACGAGCACAGACCGACCCCUGCUCCUCUACCCAGAAGAUCGGACAAGCAGCAAGGUUGGUUCCCAAGAAGCAGCCGCCACACACACAAUCUACGUCAAAGAUUCAACCGAGGUGAACUCAAGCCUGACUCGUUCAACAGGAUCAUCCACUACUCCCAUGACUUUAAGCAUCACCAGUGGAAUGCCAACAAACUACUCCAAAAUGCCUCAAAGCACAACUGCUACCUUAAGAAAAGAGGAAUCCACUACAAAUAUUUUGAAUACUCGCGUGCCCUCCAAAGCAAGUAUCUGUGAAACAUAUUUGUUUUAUGUUGUGAUGCUUAAUGCAGUGGCAAUGUUUAUUGGCUAA